GAAAGUGGCGUAGCCCUUUGCUGCAUCUAUGUACCAGCCCAGCCUUUGUACGUAACUUACGCACUGUGGGCUGGAGUGACAAAGAGCGAGCGGAGACAGACGGAGAAGGAAUAAAAAAAGAAAUUCAGAAUUUGUGGAGCGGUAUCGGCUAGAAUCGUUUGCGGUUUUCCCCCCACAAGUAAAGGGGUCUCGAUGGUGGCGUUUCGACCCGUUAUAUCAUAGGUUAGGCUUCAGAUUCUUACUUCCGCGUUUUAGAACUGGACGCGAGACUAGGUCUGUUCUGCCAAUUUCAUUUUUACAUUUGGGGAUUUGAAAAGAUUUUUUUCUUCAUUUGAACCGUUGGCCGAGCCGAGCAGAGGGGAGCCGCCAUGGCAGGAGCAGUCGGAUCGCUGAGUCUCCACCUCAGUAUAUGAAGGGUUAUGGUGCGGUGCGACAUUUACGAAGCGAAGAACGCCGUUAGCCAGCGCAAUUUAGACCAUGAUUUCUCUAUUUUAGAUCAGCGAUAAGACCACGGACAGCGUCACGAAACUGCACGGCGCUGAUUUUAAUAUAAGGACGCAGGAAAGGGCCGUCGGUAGGUAAUUGAAAACGGGCCCCCACCUCCAAAGGCCUGGCGAUCCGGUAGAUCGAGCUGUCCCCGGUAACGCUAUAGAUGCCUAUAAUCUAAUGUUCAAAAAAGAGGAUGAUCUGAAGAAAGAAGAAAGCUGUUGGACGGAUAUAUCCAGCUAACGAGAGCAUUCGGGGAAGGGCUGACGGAGGAAUCUCCCCCUCUCUUUUAUGCAUUAAAUAACAGAUUGAACUACUAUCCGAAUAACGGAGGACAAUAAAUACGAAUCAAACCUAUAAUCGACGUUACGGAGUCAAGGGACAGUGUGGGUUUUUUUUUCUUUUUUUCUUUUUUCUUUGGAUCGGAAUAUGUCGGGUCGGCCCAGAACCACCUCCUUUGCAGAGAGCUGCAAACCGGUGCCGCAGCCCUCGGCCUUCGGGAGCAUGAAAGUUAGCAGAGACAAAGAUGGCAGCAAAGUGACGACGGUGGUGGCGACGCCAGGCCAAGGGCCCGAUCGGCCGCAGGAGGUGAGCUACACGGACACCAAGGUGAUCGGUAACGGCUCCUUCGGUGUGGUCUACCAGGCCAAGCUCUGUGACUCGGGCGAGCUGGUGGCCAUCAAGAAGGUGCUACAGGACAAACGAUUCAAGAAUCGUGAGCUUCAGAUCAUGAGGAAGCUGGACCACUGCAACAUUGUGCGCUUGCGGUACUUCUUCUACUCCAGUGGAGACAAGGAAUUGUGCGGUUUCCGAAGGAAGUUGAGGCCUUCAGAUCGAUCGGUUUUUCAGAAAGAUGAGGUGUAUCUGAACCUGGUGCUGGACUACGUUCCUGAAACAGUGUAUCGGGUGGCCAGACACUACAGCCGAGCCAAGCAGACUUUGCCCAUAGUCUACGUCAAGUUGUACAUGUACCAGCUGUUUCGGAGUCUAGCGUACAUCCAUUCCUUUGGGAUUUGCCAUCGGGACAUCAAGCCGCAGAACCUCCUGCUGGACCCGGAGACAGCUGUGCUCAAGUUGUGUGACUUCGGGAGUGCAAAGCAACUGGUGAGGGGUGAACCCAACGUGUCGUACAUUUGCUCCCGCUACUACAGAGCUCCUGAGCUCAUCUUCGGAGCCACGGACUACACUGCCAGCAUCGACGUAUGGUCGGCCGGCUGCGUUCUAGCAGAGCUGCUGCUCGGGCAGCCGAUCUUUCCCGGAGACAGCGGAGUGGAUCAGCUGGUCGAGAUCAUCAAGGUCUUGGGAACGCCUACAAGGGAACAAAUCCGUGAGAUGAAUCCCAACUACACAGAGUUCAAGUUCCCCCAGAUCAAGGCACACCCAUGGACUAAGGUGAGUCAGCAGCGGCAACACACUGCCUGUCUGGGCGGCCCGCAGGUGUUCCGGCCGCGCACGCCGCCCGAGGCCAUCGCGCUGUGCUCGCGGCUGCUGGAGUACACGCCCACCGCGCGCCUCACGCCCCUGGAGGCCUGCGCGCACUCCUUCUUCGACGAGCUGCGGGACCCCAACGUCAAGCUGCCCAACGGCCGCGAGAAGCCGUCCCUCUUCAACUUCACCACUCAGGAGUUGUCCAGUAACCCCUCCCUGGCCUCCAUCCUCAUCCCUGCCCACGCCCGGAGCCAGCCUGGUGCUUCCACCCCCACCAAUGCCUCUGCUGCUUCAGAUGCCAACAGUGGAGAUCGUAGCCAGACCACCAACGCAGCCUCCGCCUCUGCCUCCAACUCCACCUGAGACCCUGCCCCCCUCCCCCAGGGCCCAUCCCGCUGACCAGGCCUCACCUGUCGUCCUUGGCUGCCUUUUGGGGAGGAGUCGGGGGUGAUGGGCGGGGUCACGCACACACACACAAAAAACCCACAAAAAAGGAGGAAACCAAUCUGACCGAGUGCCCCCCCCCCCCCAACCCCCGUCUGCCUGUUCAUUCGUGUGUUUUUAUUUGUACAAAGUGAUAGCGACUAUGAUGACUGCUAUUCAUUUGUGUGCUUGCUAAGAGAGACGUGGGGGUGGCAAGGGGCUGUUGAAUAAGUAAAUAUAUAAAUAUAUAAAUAUACAGUAAAUACAACAUGUAUUCAUGUUUCUCCCUUGACAAUCUCUCUAUUGAAGCAGUAUUGUAGCUAUAUUUAUCUUUUCUCACUUUUUCCUCUGGGUUUGGGAGAAACCCUCCCCCCCCCCCCCCCCCCCCCUCCCCCACUUGUGACCUUUGACCCAUUCUCAGAGCUCCUUGUGCAUGGCUUGAGUUAGGAGACUCUUACCACAGUCAGUUUAUAAUCGGCUGAAAGCUAUUGCUCUUUUUAGCAAUUAAAGGGUCACAAUAUUUAAUCCUUAAACCAUUUAAAAAGCCCCCAUUAACAAAAAAAAAAAAUCUGGCAACCCCAGAGAAGGUAAUUCCAGUGUGUUAGACAACUGUGAAUGGUGCACAGUUUCAAAAAAGAUGGACUAAAUAUUUCUUUUAGUAAUGGGACUGGGGGAGAUGACACGGGUGGGAAGUUUUUAGCGAUUGACAUCUGCAUCCGUGUGCUCGUGUUGUACUCAUACAUACGGUUCAUGUAUUACUUUGCAUUAUGUAAAAUAUUUACAGUAUAUAUCAAAUUACAGUUCAGAAGUCAGAGGUCAAGAGCUGAUAUGGCUCUGCAGCAAUAUUUGCUGGUGCCUGAAGCUUCUCGAGUCUCUUCAGGAAGAGUCUUCUGUCCAGCAAGCACAUUUCCUGCUUCUGUCAGUCCGUGUUGAUUUUUAUUAGUGACUUAGAUUUGUAUAGAUUUUAAAUCCCCCCCCCUACCUCUCCUCCCCAGCACCUCUUUUACCUUUCCUUUCAACUUAUUUAUUAUUGCAUGUGACUUGUCUAGACUUUGGUUAAAUGGAUCUGUCAUAGCUUUGAGGGAUUUGAGCUUGAACCAGGCUGAGGAGUUUUCACCCAAAUUCUGAGGUGAGGUGUGGGCCCGCUCAGGACAUUUAUGCGACGCGAUUAAUCCGCUGUUCCUGCCGACACGUUGAUACACGGUUCCUUGUAUGUACACGGAACUCCUUUGGCUCAGGCUACGUUUGCGAUAUCCUAAACGAAUCACAAUUCUUACACAAAAUUAUUUAGAAUAGGAUUCUUCAUUGAUUGAACGAAAAAUUCGGGCGCCUUACACAGGAGUUGCCAUGUCCUCCCGAUCUCCAGUGACACUCUUGGGUUACCAAGGGAGUCUGCGCCAAGAUCUUUGGGCAAUAAUGAGUUAAAACCAACUGAAACUUAGCACGGGGGACUGGCAACGUCCGGAAAGUUCUGCAGUUUGAUCUCUUCUCAUUGGGUUUCACAUUAGUUUCUGUGUAAUUAAUAUGGCUUUGCUCCAAAUCUAUGUCCAGCACCUGACCUACAGUGGGAUCAGCAUGAAGGCAAAGGUGGAUCUUAGUAUUUUUUUUUUUUAUUAUUUAUAUUUUGAUUGAACUUCCUCUGCAUUCUUUUGUAAGUUUGGCUAGUGUGCUCUGUGGUUAAAUUUCAUAUGGCUGCUGGGUACCUGCUCCUCCUACAGGAGGAGUCAAGUUGAAGGAACUGUACAGCCUUGGAGGAGUGUUCAGCUUCUCCUACUGACAUCCUCUUUUCCCUCCUCUACUGAAGGAGCGUUGAAAUUGGUCAGUAAGUGUUCAGUCUUUUGUGUUUGUAUGCCUCCGGUUCUUAUGGUCCACCUUGUAAUCUGCACCCACCGCUCCUCAUUACAGUCCUUCAACAAGUCUUACAAUUGUAACAGAAAUGUGUGUGCGUGUGUGUGCGCGUGUGUCAUGUAUAUACGGAUGCUCCUCACCAAAUUCUGGCUUGUACUUUAUUUUUAUGUGUAUGUUUUGUAAAUAUGCGGACCCAAGAACUGUUAAUUAGCAAAAAAAAAAAAUAUUGAUGAUAAAGCAGGGGAGGGGGGAUUCAG